CUUCGACUCCACUUUCGCCUUGCCAAUGCAUCAGUAUUGCACCAAAGAACGUCAUGAAUAGAGAACGGGUCGCUGGGAGUUGCUCCGAGGUAGCUUGCAGCGAAAUCGGCAGUUGCCCCAGUCCGUGGAUAACCGUUGACAUCAGCUAUCUAAAUCGCGUCUCCAGAUAUACCUACCCCGCAAAGUACUCCAUUACAUAUAAAUCUACCACGACUUGAGUUUAGUCCUGAUAGAAAGAGAGAGCAAGUUUCGGUGGCGCAUCCAAGUAUAUAUCAAAAUGACCAACGUCUAUCUUCACCCCGAACCUCAGUUCGCCCACUUCUCGAGUCGACGUUCAGUCAUACACAGCACCAAAGGGAUAGUCUCGUGUACACAACCACUUGCAACUUCUGCGGGGCUCGACAUACUCAGGAAGGGGGGCAAUGCGGCGGACGCAGCUGUGGCUGUUGCUGCAGCCAUCAAUGUCACAGAGCCAGGGUCAACAGGCAUUGGAGGCGACUUGUUCUGCCUGUUCUACGAAGCCAAGACGAAAAAGGUCCAUGCUAUGAACGGAUCUGGUCGAUCUGGCGCCAACGUUACGCUUGAUAGGAUUCGCAAAGACCUCAACAUAAAAGAUGGAGAGGAUGGCCAGAUCCCUAUGAUGAGUGUUCAUACAGCAACUAUUCCUGGCGCUGCUGCGGGAUGGGUCGAUUGUGUGGAGCGAUUUGGUAGUGGAAAAGUCAGCCUGGAAGAGGUGCUUGCGCCUGCGAUUGAGCUUGCUGAGAAGGGCUUCCCAGUGUCUGAGCUCUCUGCUACUUUUUGGGUUGAGAGCGAGAAAAAUAUUAGAAGAGCAUCACCAAACGGGCACGAGAUGCUGAAGAAAGAUCCGUCCGCGCAAGAUGGAUGCAGAGCACCCAAAGCCGGUGAAAUCAUGAAGAACCCAACGAUUGGCAACACAUUCAGAUUACUGGCCAAACACGGCAAGAAAGGCUUCUACGAGGGCGAAGUAGCAGAGCAGCUCGUAAAGGUCGUCUCAGACCUAGGCGGCCACCUUACUCUCGACGACCUGAAGCAUCACGCCGAGACUGGUUCUGAACCCGUUGAGCCCAUCUCCCUAAAAUACACUGGCCAAGGCGUAGGCGAGACAGAAGGCGGUAUCGAGCUCUGGGAACACCCCCCCAACGGGCAAGGCAUCGUCGCAUUAAUGGCGCUCGGCAUCAUCCAAGAGCUCGAGAAGGAAGGUAAAAUCUCCAAAUGGCACCACAGCGACCACAACAGCACCGCGCAUCUCCACGCCGUGAUCGAAGCCCUCCGCAUCGCCUUCUCCGACGCGCACUGGUUCGUCACCGACCCCAACGUCGUCAAAGUCCCAUCCGCAGACCUAAUCUCACAACCCUACCUCGCCGAGCGCGCCAAACUCUUCAACCCAAAGAAAGCAAUCGACGCGCCCAUCCACGGCUCCCCAGCCCACCUGCAAAGCGACACCGUCUACUUCUGCUGCUCGGACCCAGACGGCAACGCAAUCUCCUUCAUCAACAGCAAUUACGGCGGCUUCGGCACGGGCAUCAUCCCCAAGGGAUGCGGCUUCACGCUGCAGAACCGCGGCGCGAACUUCAGCCUCGAUAAAAAUCACCCUAAUGUACUCGCGCCGCGGAAGAGACCGUACCAUACUAUCAUCCCGGGUCUGACGACUUACGUCAACGACGGAAGUCUGCAUUCUGUCUAUGGCGUUAUGGGCGGCUUCAUGCAACCCCAGGGACACGUGCAGGUCUUGCUCAAUCAGGAAGUCUUCAAGCUGAACCCACAAGCCGCGCUUGAUUCUCCGCGUAUCUGUAUCGGAGCGGGUAUGCCCAGUGCAGAUGGAAAGAUGACCGACGCGACGAUCUACAUCGAAGAGGGCAUUGAUUCGAAAGUAGUCGAGGAGCUGAGAGCUUUGGGUCAUAGUGUUGAGCAGCUGGAUGGGUAUGGUAGGGGUAUGUUUGGACGAGGGCAGAUUAUCAGACGACAUGUCGAUGAUGGCAUUACGGUGUGGAGUGGUGGGAGUGACUUGCGAGGCGAUGGAGCUGCGGUGCCUUUGUAAGUAUCCUGUAUAGGAGAUAUCUUAGUUAAGAACUUGAGAACCAUAUGUAUUGCGUUGGCCAAUUCCG